CAAUGAGAGAUGUUGUCGUAACACGCAGCUUGUUUUUGAUGUUCAAAUAAGAGUGUCCGUCUAUAAAGGUGAGUAUUUGUUAUUCGUUCAAUUUAGACACUGUUUGCACCGUGUUGUGACAAUGCAUUGUAAGCAUCCAGCCGCCGAAUUGGUCGCUAAAACGCUGAGCUAAGUUAGCUUAGUUUAGCUUCGUCACUAAUUCCGGAAGCUGACAAGACAUUUCCGGAAAUGGAAACGGAAUGGAUAUUAUAAUUCUUACAAGUAGAGUAAGAGCGAAUUUAACCGAAGUAAAAUUCCUUGUUUGUGUAAGCAUACUUGGCCAAUAAAAUAUAAAUAAAGCUAAUUCUGAUAAAAUGCUAUACUAUCUUUAAUUUAGGUUUACUCUUUUUUUAUUUUUUAGGGUUACUUCUGACUUACCCACUACUUCCUGGUUCGGUAAGCUAAGCAUCAUGGGAAUUUUACGUAGUUCUUUUAGUGUGAGCAACAAACUAAUUACUGUACUGUAGUCAGCAAUCUAUUUAAUGCAUGUUUACAUAGCUACAUAGCAACAUUAUGCAGUUGACUUUCUGCAAGCUUGAGCUAAAAAAAACAAACAACCCAAAACAAUCUGUAGCUUUUCCUCAAUGGAAGAACGUCAGUGACAAACACCUUCCAGCUCAUGCAGGCCUUAACUCUUGAGUAGGCCAGCGAGAGUCCACUCAGGAUUCAGUUUGUGUCGCCCAUCUCAUCUUGAAAACCCUAGCUCCAGUGGCCCCCCAGGUAAACUGAGUUUGAGACCCCUGGUGGUAUGGAUCAAAGAAACAGAGCUUGGCUUUGUCAGGCCUCAAAUUCCCAGCUGGGACUUGACCUCGGUGGUUUGGAGACUCCGUCAGAGAGCACCAGAGCAGCACGGAGUUCACUGCCCCCCGACUGGCAACCAUCAUGAGAGCACUGGUCCGCAGAGACUGGAGACGGCGCUGCAUGGUUUUUAUUUGAGUCCAGUGGAGAGGAGAUGAUGAUGUCAGUGAGGUGACACCGACAAUGGAGAGGCGGGUGAAAGCGGGUUGCUUUAUUUCGUAGGCUGGACAGACAACACGGACAGAUUUUCAUUCCAGUGUUUUUUUUUUUUUUUUUUUUUUGGCAGUAAAACACUAUUGAUGCCAUCUGCUCUAUUUCUACCACCCUCUCUCCUUUGCUUUGUUUUUGGUCCCUCAGCCUUCGCACCCGGCUUCCAUAUAAUGGCGCAUGUUUGGAUUGGUGUAGCUGCGGGGAAGCAGGGUAUUGUCUGGACAGGAUCUGGGCCCAGAUUAGCAGAUAGCCGGGCUGGUGGGCUGAGGCACGGCUCCAUCGUAGGCGUCGUCAUCUUUGUUUUACUUGGACCUCGCGAGCACUUUGCAAACCAUGAGAGAAAUGCCAAGCAUUCGAGAAACAGGAACUUACGAAAACAAGCCACCCAGUCAACCGGGCCCGUCAUUCAUUAUAAAUAUAUUACUAUUGAUUGUGUGUACAGAUGGUAUCGUUUCAUUUUCAGAGCACUGAUAUUAAAUAGAAGCACUUGAAUAACAAUAGGACAUUUUUAAUGAAUACCUCAGUCAAGUGCAGAAAUGCCAGAGCUUUUGUUUUCGGUUUCGGUUGCCAAGAAUGCAUUCAAUGUCUGAAAAAAAAAAAAAAAGUGUGGAUAAGAUAUUUUUCUCUUGUGUUGCAGUAACUUGCCCGCCGCAGAGUACAAAUAGUACAGUCUCAUUCACAUUCUACAGUCGUACCCGAGACGCAAUAUCAACCGCAACAUCAGGAAAGAGGAUGGAACAUUUGACAAAACAAACACAACCUAACGAUGGAGAAAGGAGUAUGGAAUUAAAGAUGGUCCUUUUUGCUGUUCCAGCCAGGACACAAAGCAAGCCUUGCCCAGACCCUAGCUCCAGUGGCCCCCAGGGACGCAGCCAGGGUCGGCAGAGCACGGCCCGUGUAUGAUUCCAAUCAAUCCAGACCCGGACCUUGUAGGAAACGAUGUCUAAUAACUUCAGGCGGAGCGAUGAGAACGGAUCUGACUUGAGAAGCAAUGCAAACCAGAUCCAUGCCGCUCUCUUUGUAGCAAGAACCCCUCUUCCGAUGGAAUGUGCGCUAACAUUUCCCCUCAGCUCCCUGCUCUCCCACACAGCUGCCCUUCACAGAGUCACGCCACGACACCGCCGAAGCAGGACGCUCGCUGGAGAGGGAGGGGAAGAAAAAGUCAGACGCCGCCGCUAAUGGCUGCUCCCAGCUGCACGGAGUCUAACAUACACAAACAUCUUCGGGAGAGGCUCGGUCAACACACAGGAAUGGUGAUGGAGACACGGCUAUUUGGUGCAAACCAGGAAUAAGUCUUCUCAAGUGGGACCAAAAGGAAAAAAAAAAAGGGGGAAUCAAUCUAUGCCCGCCAAUAUGUGAGCAAGGGGAGGAGAUGAGAAGGAUAAGGUUAGAAAAAUAGCAGGAGCAAAGAAGUGACGAGGGAGGAGACGAAGCAGAGAAGAUGAUCCUUUAGAAGCCUCCAGGUGAUGGAUUGCGUGCACACCUUUGCGACGCCAUCCAUCAGGAAAAAGUGCAUCAGCAGAUUCAUUGCUGAGAAAAAAAGACGUGAUCAUGAAGUUGGAUGGUUGAUGUUCAAGCACAGGAUGGUCACCAUCCUCGAAGACGACACGUGAUGUCCAGGUGACCUUGGACCGGACUUGCUUUCAUUGACGGAUUCGAUAAAGUUUCCAGGAACAAAAUCCCCUCAAUAAGACAUUUAGGCUGGCAAAAGUCAAAUUUAAGCACCACAACUCCGUUCCCUUAUUGCCUUUUGGUAUUAAUCAUAACUAUAUUUCAAUAGUCAGCUGCAGCUUUUAGUAACUUUUAAUAACACAGGAGCGUUUCAAUGCAAAGCCGUUUUUGGAAUGACCUUUGCAGAGUGAACUGUUAUUCCUCACAUUCACCUAACAGCAGGAAGCGGUCAUAUGCACAGCUCCCUUUAUGUCACAGUGGAGUUACGAUCUUCGAGAUAAAGACCAGAUCGUCGCGCUGAAAGAAAAAUAAUCUGUAGGCUGCAGAUUUGGACGCUGCGGUGACCAAAAAUAGCGAAGUAGGGAAAAGCAACGUCUGGGAAAAGAAAAAAAAGGAGUAUUAGAGAGAUGCAAAUAGAUCAGACCGGGCUGUUUCGUUGCUUCGCUGGCCAAGACGAGCUGCGAAAUUGUGCAAUUUUUGUGGCGGUUUUCCAGUGGAAGUCAUCUGGGGAACAUUGCCUGGAGGGAGGUUCAGUUAGACAGUUCGGGAAUAAUACUCAACGCCAGGGCAGUUACUUUUUUGGCAAAUUCCAGCUGACUACAUGAAAACACUUGGAAGGAUGUGUGCUCAAAUGGAAAAAUAAACCACCAUUUUUUUUUUUAUUUUCUAUGCACGCCAAUAAGGACUAAAGCGUAAAAAGGGACUGUUUCAUCCAAAGGAGGACUAAAGAAGAGUUACUUAUACUCGGAGGUAACCAUGGAGAUGGAGAAGGAACACAUGUCUCUGCGUAGAGGAGUGAGCUGGAGCUCGGGAGGACUGACGACGCCUCUCCAAACGGCACAAGACGCCACCGGGAGGGAGCGCGGCGCAUCACAGGAAAUGACCGGAUUCAAUAUGGAGCAAUUGAGCAGCAAAACAAAUUUAACCAGGAGUGUCAGCUUAUCCGAAAAGGAGCUAAAGGAGGCUCGCCUAAGGAGUCACAUCAUCGCGGCUCAGCUCACCGUCGCUUCCAACUCCAACUCCAGAGGCGUUCAGCUCUUCAACCGCCGCAAGCAGAGAGUCACCGCCUUUACACUGGAAAGCAGCGGAGAAGUAUCCAAGGAGGACAUCGCCAGGAAUGUGAACGCCACCUCCUCUUCAUGCAACAAACUGACUUGGGAAGAGAGGAGUCGUGAGGAGAAGACUAAAGACUUGAACUAUCGGAAUUGCGCUACCACUAAGACGCUACUAGUGCCGACUGGCGGGGUACCGGCUGCCGGUGACAACAUGGAGGAACAAGGUGACCAUUAUGGAAGAGAAGAUGACACCAAGCACAAUGUUAUACAAGAGAGACAUUUCCUCCCUGUGAAGGAGGUGGAGGAGCAAGAAGAGGAGGAAGGAGAACACGAAGUCAAGCAUGAGCUCCCCCCUGGAAGAGAAAAUCCAAUUGUGAUGAGUCUCGUUGAGAGCGAGGCGGAGAUGAAUGGAGGUCAUACGUCAAAGCUUCCUAAUGGCACGGAUGGACCUCAGAAGAUCUCCUCAUCUCCAUCGAAGCCGAACACCAUCCUCAAUCGCACUGCCAGGCCGUUUUUCUCACCGCUGACGGUGCAAAUCCAAGAGUCCACCAGUCCCGUCAUGGAGAACCUCCACGCUUCUUCUGCGUUCACUGCUCCUCAGCCAGUGGCGCCUCCUCCUCCGGCAUAUCCCACAUCUCCACUGCCGGCCUUCACAAACAAGCCUCCAAAAACUGAGUACUCCUCUCCACCGGUCGUAUCUCCUCCUCUCGCUCCUCCAUCCCAAUCCCCGGUGCUGCAGUAUGGACCUCCUACAUCCCCGAAGCCGUCCACCUUAGUUCCCCAGUCCUUUCUGGAAAGAAGGUCUACACCGCCAAUAAAAACAGGACUACUAGAAGAUAUUGCCGCCAGACGAGCAAAUAAAAAGUCAAUGUUCACGUUCAAAGAGAAACCGGUUGUAGCACCAAACCCGGAGCUUCUGUCGCUCGUGCAGGGCGUAGAUGAAAGGAAGAAACGUGGACAGAGAUCCAUACCCGAGCCACCAUCAUCUGAGGAGGAGUUACUGGCUCUCGGCGCGGAGGCAUCCAACUUCCUUACUAAGGUGGAAGACAAAGCCGAAGAUGCCAAAGCUCCAGAGUGGACAUCCUGCCUUAAGAGCGCCAGAACCUAUGCAAGGGUGGAGCAUAAACCAGAACAGACCCUUAACGAUGCAUCUGGGAAGGGUGCGGAGCUGUUUGCCAAACGGCGAUCCAGAAUGGAGAAGUUUGUCGUGGAGAACGAGAAUCCAGGUCACCGUAUGAGAGCUCCUUCUCCAACAAUGUCUCUGCCGCCAUCUUGGAUUUAUCCAUCAAAUAUGCCGGGUAGAGUCAAAGCCAUUGCUAAAAACUCAGACAUAUGCGCUCAACUUGCACACAACAUAAAAACCCAACAAAGCACCAAACCAAAACCAAGACCACCAACAGUUCAGGUUCAAGAACCACCCCCUCUGGAGAACGGUUGCUCCAAGAUCGAGAUGGACUUGUCAAGACAUCGACCCUAUCAGCUUAACUCUUCACUCUUCAUACUCAACCCAGUCAAAGACCCAUUGAGUACCCUACCCAGAGGAGCUCCACAGUCCAGGAACCAGAUGUCCCAAUCCCAGUCUUUCUCCAGGCAGACUUCCUUACCCAGCAACCCUGUUUCGAACUUCAGCAUCCAGUGUAAAUCCACCUCGGUGCCCCCCAGCCACACCACAGGAGCAGAGUACCCAGCGUCAAGCCCAGCUUGUGGGCAGCCAUCGGCUGCUUUUUCUGCAUCUCCUCGCACGGGAGUUCAAGCACCGAGGCCCAGAUUUUCUGCCAAAAAGGCAGGGAUUGAACCGCAGAAACCAAAGGAGGCCUACACGGUUGAAAACCCCGGCGUCACCAAGAAGUCCAUCAGCGCAGACAGUCCAACAUGGCCGCCCAACCUUCAGAACAACCGCCCCUCCUCAACCAAUCCCAUCCGAUCAGUCACUUCCCCUGUUUGGUUUCCCGGUAGUCGAUGCCAAUCUCCGAUGAGUAGCCAAAAUAUUCCGCUUUCCACCGUUUCAUCAGUUUCCAAGCCGCCCCAGACGCCCACGUCUCCAUGUUCCCCGCCUUGGGGUUCAAGGUGCCACUCCCCAAUGGUUGGCUCAAUCAAUUCCUCUGUUCAUGAUUACAAACCCCAAAGAUCAAAUUCUUCCCGUUCGAUUCCAUGGGGUUCAAGAUCCCAGUCCCCGGUAGUCAACCUGCAAUCUUCAGAUGCACCGCACGUUUCUUCAAAAACAUCUCCAAACACCUCCGCGCUUUGUCCACCUUGGGGAUCGAGAUGCCAUUCCCCGAUGGCGAGCACGAGUACCCAUUCCGCCACCCUCUCCUCACUUUCUUCUUCCAGACCUUUUCAAACAUCUGCAACUUCAUCUCAGCGCUCUCCUCCAUGGAGUCCAAGGAGUCAGUCACCGAUGGUAAUACAACCUUCCAUUGGGUCCUCUUCUAGAUCUUCCAAACCACUCACAACCACUUCUCCGGUUUCUCCACCUUGGGGCUCACGUUCCCAGUCGCCUGCACUUUCUCACGGUAGUUUGUCCUUUCAUUCCGGUCAGCGUCUAUCCGUAUCUUCAAUAUCCAAGGACAGUCGCUGUAUGUCUCCAGUCAAUAAUAAUCUAGACUCUAAAGCCAACCAUCGAAUGCUAGCAAAGAAUAUCAUCAACGCAGCCAAACGUAAAAACAGCCCGUCUCCAGGUGCGCUGAGUUCUCACAGUCUACCCAUCUCACCUGUGGGAUUUACCCACCACGGCUACGAUUGCAAAGCUCCCAUCAACCCCUUUCACUCUCGGCCACUGGGGGCCCAGUCGCCGACCUUCACCAGUCCUCCACCAACACCGACGCAGGGGAUUUGCUCUCCUGUGAGGCUCUACAACACACGUUCCCUCACGGAUUCUGAUGCCUCCAUCGAGUCUGAAGACUCGGGCCUGAGGUCACCUGGCAUGCAUUCUUACAACACUUGCCCUCGCGGCUGGGGCGGAAGUUUAAGGGUGAAGAAAAGCACCAUCUCCACCGACCUGUGAGGUCCUCACAUUUGCUUCCAUGAACUUCACGUUUGGACCAUGAAAACGUGCUCUAACAAUGACAAGAACAAGCUUUUUACAUGCAGUUGUUGGAGCUUGUACGCUUCUGGUGAACCCAAAGAGCAACACUCCAAAUAACCAAAGAUUAUCGUUUUUUAUAUUCACUUUAAAUGUAACACUUUACAGCCUCACAACAUGCAUACCAAGGCUAUGCUAGCUCAUUAGCAUUGAUAGUUUUGAAUGUUAUUGUUAUUGUUUACUGGUCUGACAAGAGUUAAAAUGCAAAGACUUUUACAACAAAUAGUGAAUAUGGAAAUCAGACCAUGAAACUAUGCAGUACCUUGAUUGAAAUAUUAUUACAGUAAACCUCGGAUAUAUCGGAUUCAAUUGUUCCCACUGGUUUUGUCCGAUAUAAGCGAAAUCUGUUAUAUGCGUAUACCGGAAAAUGUCCGUUUUACGCAUAUAUCGGAUUUAUAUCCGGUAUAUGCGUAAAUCGGAUUUUAUCCGUUAUAAAAAGGCACUUUUGUUUCCAAUGUACCUGGACGCGCAGGCAACGCUGCAAACGCUUAAUUAGCGACUCCAAAUUAUCCAUAGGUAUGAAUGUGAGUGUGAAUGGUUGUUUGUUUAUAUGUGCCCUGUGAUUGGCUGGCAACCAGUCCAGGGUGUACCCCGCCUCUCGCCCAAAGACAGCUGGGAUAGGCUCCAGCACCCCCCGUGACCCUCAUGAGGAUAAGCGGUAGAAAAUGAAUGAAUGAAUGAGUUCUCCUCUUAUUUUGUGUGGAAGUGGUAACUUUUUGGCUACUUAUUUUGUCUUUCCCCACCCUCGGCCAUCUCUGGGUGGAGGCACUUCCUUGACUAUGUUUCCAAUGUACCUGGACGCGCAGGCAACGCUGCAAACGCUGCAAAUGACGUCGUAUAGCGUCCUGUCACGAUUCGGCGAAUCGGAGCGCCACGAUGCGGCCAUCCGAUAUAUGCGAGGGAAAUUUAAUGGAAAUGCAUUGGAACGGGACUGGAGAUUUUGUCCGAAAUAGGCGAAAUCCGUUAUAAAAAAUCCGAUAUAUGCAAUGAAUUUUUAUUGGAAAUGCAUUACAGAAAAAUUGGUUCUUUUUUAUCUGUCCGUUGUGAGCGAAUUUCCGAUAUAUCCGAGUCCGAUAUAUCCGAGGUUUACUGUAUUUUACUGUUCAUUCCAUACUGGAGACUAUUCAUUUUCAUUGUACGCCGAUUGUUAAUCACACUGUCAAACACGGCUGAAGAGUUAAUCGCGGAUCGUUAUUCUAAUUCAUGGAAAAUUGUAAGACUUGGUGCAAUAAUGAAUUGGACAUAACGUGUAUGUGUUUCUUUAUAUAAUGCCUUUGUUGAAAUGAAUGGAAUCUUUACAGAAACACAGUACUGGGAGUUGAAACGGGAUGUGAUGUGUGAUCGAUACACCCAUUUCAUUAAACACUGUUCCUUUUUUUUUUGCCAUAAAAAUGUUUCAUAUAAUUUCCCUGAUUUUGAAAUGCUUUGACUGCCCCAUUUUUAUGAAUACAUGUCUACGUAAGACGAGUAUUCAUAAGGAAUAGGCAUUUGAGUACAUUCAAAAUGAAGUAUUGUUGAGCAUAUAAAUUAUGACAUGAACUAAAAUACAAAUAUAAGACAUUCAGGAGGGCUGCACGGUGGUCGAGUGGUUAGCGCGCAGACCUCACAGCUAGGAGACCCGAGUUCAAUCCCGCCCUCGG